GGCCAAAGCCUUCCAGGUCACCUGUGAGCCUCCGCCCAGUGACCUGAAGCGGAGCCGGUGGCGCCUGGGACUAGGCCGGGGAUCUUGGAGGGAGAGAGGAUGGCUUCGUGGAGCUCUGACACCCCGGGUUCCUGCGACUGCUUUGUUUCGGUGCCCCCGGCCUCGGCCAUCCCAGCGGUGAUCUUUGCCAAGAAUUCUGACCGGCCGCGGGCUGAGGUGCAGGAGGUGGUGUUUGUACCAGCAGGCACUCAUGCCCCCGGGAGCCGGCUCCAGUGCACCUACAUUGAGGUGGAACAGGUGCCAAAGACUCACGCUGUAAUCCUGAGCCGCCCUUCUUGGCUGUGGGGGGCUGAGAUGGGCGCUAAUGAGCAUGGUGUCUGCAUUGGCAAUGAGGCAGUGUGGACCAAGGAGCCAGUUGGAGAGGGGGAAGCCCUAUUGGGCAUGGAUCUACUCAGGCUGGGUCUAGAACGGAGCAGCUCCGCCCUGGGAGCCUUGCGUGUGAUCACAGACUUGCUGGAGCGCUACGGCCAAGGGGGCAGCUGCCGGGAGGACCCCGCCCCAUUCUGCUACCACAACACUUUCCUGCUGGCUGACCGGACUGAGGCGUGGGUGCUGGAGACGGCAGGGAGGCUGUGGGCCGCACAGAGGAUCCAGGAAGGGGCCCGCAACAUCUCCAACCAGUUGAGCAUCAGCACAGACAUCUCGGCUGAACACGAAGAGCUUCGGACCCACGCCCUGGCCCAGGGCUGGUGGGGUGGGCAGAGCACGUUUGACUUCGCUCAGGUCUUCUCCCUGGCCCAGCAGCCUGUGCGCAUGGAGGCUGCCAAAGCCCGCUUUCAGGCUGGGCAACAGUUACUGAGGCAGCAACAAGGGAGCAUCACGGCAGAGGUGAUGAUGGGCAUCCUCAGGAACAAGGAGAGUGGCAUUUGUAUGGACUCAGGUGGCUUUCGCACCACGGCCAGCAUGGUGUCCGUUCUGCCCCGGGAUCCCACACAGCCCUGCGUCCACUUCCUCACCGCCACACCAGACCCAUCCAGGUCAGUGUUCAAACCUUUCAUCUUUGGGGCGGGGGUGGCCCAGGCCCCCCAGGUGCUAUCCCCCACUUUUGGAGCGCAGGACCCCGUUCGGACCCAGCCCCGAUUCCAGACUCAGGUGGAUCGCCGGCACCCCCUCUACCUCCAGCACCAAGAGGCCCUUGGGCUGAUGGAGAGCGAGCAGGAUCGGGGGCAGCGGCUCCUGCAGAAGCAGCGGCAUCUGGAGCAGGAGGGCCUGGAGGCUGUGCAGCGGCUGUUGGCCGGGGAGUGGGCUCCAUCCCCACAGGAGCUGGGUGGCCUCUUCCAGGCCUUUGUGCAGAGGGAGAGCCAGGUGUAUGCCUGAGCACCGCCGGGACGGGGUGGGCACGGGACCCCUGGGAUCACAGGAUCAGCACAAUCCCUUCGCUCCCCUCAGCCUUGUUCCAGGUGGCCAGCUCGGCCUUUGCCUUAAUAAAGUACGUCAUUUUCCUGUUUGGUGAA